AAGACUUGAUGAAUCUGAAUGCAUGAAAGUGUGGUUAUUUUAGCCACUGUUCUGUCCCCUGAAUCUUAUGCCUGCUUUGGGUAACUUGUGAUAUAAGUUAUUUUCUAUAUUGGUUCUGCAGCAAGUAGAAGUCUUUUCUUGGCUCAUUUCAUUUAGUUGUGCUAAGCAUAUGAAACAGAAAGCAACUUUUCAGGCUUCUGGUUUUGCUAGUUAUAUUCAUUCAAAGGAGAAAUUACGGCAUGCCACCGGUUCCCUUAGUCCAGUGAUGGCGAACCUAUGACACGCGUGUCAGACGUGACACGCAGACUCGCAGAGCCCUCACUGCUGGCAUGUACCCCAUUGGCCCAUUCGCGCUGUUGUUGUUGGUUUUUCACCACCCACCCCCAUUUGUUCUCCUGCUCCUACAGCUUGUCUCUGCUACAGCUUGUCUCUGUUGUUAAAACCCAGAGAUUGGUUUUUAAUCCUUUCUGUGCUGGUUUUUUGGUGCUUUGGCAGACUAUGUCGGUGCUGCGUGUUAGUUCCAGCGAAGGUAUUAUUCGUCAUUUAUUUCUGUUCUCUUUCCCCCCCAAAAAGCGCAGCAACUUUUGUGCCCCCCCCCAAAACCCUCCAAAACGUUGGUCAGCAGCUCCCCCAAAAAAGCUCAACAACUCUGGACACUUUUUGGUUUGGUUUUGUGGACUUUCUCUUUCUCAUGCCACCUGGACAUGUCACAUGUUUUGUGGGCAGAACUGAAUUGCUUUGGACACCUCCCCCCCACCUGCCCCAAUUUUGGGCAGCACAUCAAGAAAUUGAGGUGAAUCGUGUUAGUGCAAAUGGUCAUGUGAGAAUAGUAUGUAAAUUACAUGUUGAAAGUGGGCAAGCAGGAUGGUCUUUAUUGUCGUCUUCUCUCUCCUGCCCUGCAAAAAAGUUAAAAAGCAAGGAAUUAUUGGAGCGGUUUUAAUUUGCAGUACCUUUAAAAUGAACUCUGAGGCUUUGAACUGUAUUUUGGAUAGAAAAAUCUUGUUGAGUCCCUAACGGAGUUUCCUUGUUCUAUCAAUUCAAAAUUAUAGCAAAUUAGCAUGCAGUAUUGCAGUAGGUUAGGAUGCAUAUGCACCCUUUUUUUGUUAUUCAGUUCAAUAUAGGAGUGUCUGUUCUUACAAGGCAUUCUUACAUUUACGAGGAGAGACAGCUAAAGUUCUGAACACUUUCAUUGUUUGGGAGAUGAAAAAAUGAAGAAAAUGCUCCAAAUACAUAGUAUAAGCCAGAAAAAUAUAUAGCUGAAAGUCACAUUGUUUAGCAUAAUGCUGGCUUUACAUAGAGGCAUUUUAGGAACUGGGCUUUGGAUUUUGAGUGGCAAUAGCAUAUGAACCCCCUGCACUGUUUAAACAGUGCUAUUUUUGGCAACUGGGUGUUGGCUUGUCUGCCCAGCAGCCUUGAAGUGAAGUGGGUAUAUGCAGUAAAGAGCUCACAGUUCCGGGACUUGUAAAAGGCAACAUAAAAAUGGGUUGCUGUUUCAGUAAAGAACUCAACAGCAAGAAUGAGAAGAUGAGUCUUUUGCAAAAAUCAACUGAAGAGGAGACGUCAGGAAACGGGAUAAGUAAAACUUUAACUUCCAUUUUGGAGACCAUGGAAAGAAAGGAGCUGCAUGUAAUCCAAGAGGCAGUUUCUGGAGCACCUGCUAUUCAUAAUAAUUGCGUAGAGUCAGUUAAAUAUCCUUCAGGCCAUUGUGUGGGGAUUGCUGAAGCUGGCCGCAACACCAGUAUAUCUUUUAAUCUUUAUCCUUAUAGUCCAAGAAAGGUCUUGAAUGGGUAUGGCAGUUUACAAGAGUGCGAACAAAUGGAAGAUACGGAUGGUGCUGAAAAUCUUCCAGAAAGCAGCAGUGGUAAUGUUCGAUGUGUGAAUAAUGCAGGCAGCUACCAUAUUAAUAGCAAUAAUGAAACAGGAUCUACUGUAGCUGGGAAGCCAUGCCAUUCAUUUGAAAGUACUUCUUCAUGUGUGCCGGUGGCUGUAAGCCAAGGAAGCAUCUUCCCGAAAGCCUUAAGUACAUGUGGAAUAAAAGGCAAGCCAGUUAUGGGUGAGUGCUUAUCAGUGCAGGAUGAAGUAGAUUCUGUUAAAAGUAAUUGUAGUGCAGUAGGUUCAGGUAGAGCAGACAGAGAGACAGCAGCUUCAAGCUUUGCAUAUCUUGAUAUUGACAGGCCCCGUAUAAGUACCAGAGAUGAAUUCUACAGUAUUUGUAUAGUUGAUGAUGAUCUGAGAAUGGAUCUAGAAGAAGGGCAAGCUAUUGUGCACGGAGAGACUCCUUUAGAGGUAGAAAGUUCAGCUGUUCAGGAGAUGUACAAUAUGACAUGGCCUGGGGAAAGUGGGAAGGAAUUGUUAGUCCAGAAGAAGCCGGUUCAGGUGCCUGUUGACUUCAGUGCUCUGAAAGAUGAAUCUCCCAAUAUAAUAAAUGAUAGUUUACUGAUGCCAAAAAGUGAAGUGGGGGUAAAAGCUCCAGUUGGCUUAGUGAAUGGGGAUCACAGGUUAAAUACUGACAGAAUAGCAGCAGAUGUGUUAAGGGCACAAGCACAUGGGGAAGAUCUUACUAAAAAUAGAACCCAGGAAAUGAAUAUGCUAGAUAGUAGUAGAAUCUUUGUGAAUGAAUCACUUGGUGAAAACAAUAAUUCUACAGCACCUGUGCAUUUGGAGAAAGGCAUGGAAUAUUCUCUGCAAUUAAAAAGCAGGGCACAUGCAUGGACUUCCCUUUUCAAUAGUGAGACCAAAUGUGUCACUGAAGGUGUAAAGUCUGAAUCUAAUGAAAAUCAAAAUACUGAAGGUGAAAACUCUAAACAGUUGUUGGGAAGCCUGAAGUUUUCAUCAGAGUUUGAGGAUGAUUUCCUCUCUGUAAGUCAAAAUAACACAGAAAACCAAAGUCAAGUGAAUAGGCAAAACUUUACAGGAAACACAAAUGAAUUUUGGAGAGUAUCUGCCUACAGUGAUAAGAAAACCCCUAACUUUUCUGAACAGUUUAAUCCAGAGCUACUCCUGAAGCAUGAAUAUGUUUCUGAUCUUGGAACAUUCUGCUCCCAUGGGGAUCUGAAAGAAAGCACCAUUAAAACACUUCCAACAUCAGAGAGUGUGGCUUUUGAAGCUGAAAUACCCCAUGUUUCAGAGUUUACCAGUUAUGAAGAUGGCAACUUUACAAGGGCUGCUCAGCAAAACCUGUCUCAAAUAGAUAACAUACCUUCAGAGGUGAGUGAUUUGACAGAAGGAUCACGGGGAAGCGAAGAGACGUUAACUUUUCCUAAGCCUCUUGAUGUAAAUGAAUAUGAAAGAAUCCAAAAUGAAAAUGGCUUGGAAGUUCAAGUUCCACACAACCUCUCUAAAAAGGAUGGCAAAACAAAUGACUAUUCCAGUUCACUUAACGAAGAUAACAGCUGCUGUGUCUCUUUAGCACAUUCUGAAGCGUGUGAGAUGGAUUUGAAUGAUGAACAAUGCAAGCUAUGGAACAAAUGUACAUUCCAUAGACUGGAAGAUCAGCUGAGUCCAGGGACUGACCCUCACAAAUUAAUAGCAACUGCAGAAGAGCCUGUAAAUGGGUUGAAAUGGGAAACACACCAUGAAAGGAAAACACAUAGUGAAAUGGAAACCAAGGCAGAUUCUGAAAAUUUCACUGUUCAAGAUGACUGUAUAUUAAAUGGCAGUAAUGAUCUAAUGCAAAAACUUAACGUAUCUUCAGAUAUGCAAGAGAGGCCUUUAGUUCUGGAGGAGUCUUUAAGUAUCCUGCAGAUUGAUAAAACUAAUAGUCAACUUGAAACAGAGAGACUUCCUGCAUCAGUUGAUGAAAGUGAUGCUAGAAAUGUAAAAAUAGAAACUAGCCACACUGAGACAUCCACCAGAUCAAGGGGAGGGAAAUCAGGAUACUGCAAAAACAGCUCUUUACCCAAACAGAGUAUAAUGGAAACCACGUGCCCUCUUACGUCUUUAAUUUCUGAAGUUUCAAUUCCCUGUGCAGAUAUAUUAACAGAAAAUGCAAAGGACUCUGCUCCCCAAAAUGGCCAGCAGAAACUGAACGUUGAGGUGGAAUGUGCUUCCAGAUCAGAUGCUGAAGACUCUCUGACUUGUACUGAUGCAGGUGGGAUUUGUAUUGACCCCAAGCAGGUAGACAAAUAUGCUGCUACUCCUUCGUACGAAAUACCUCUGGCCUCUGUUAACGAUCAAGAAUGUGACCAAGGCAAUGCAAAGCAUGUAUUGGACCUGAUGGAAGAUAUAUUAAAGGAAUCUGAUAACACACACAAAAUGGAUAUAGGCGAUUCCCAAGGUGAUCCGCUUUGUCCAUCUGCUCCACUAAGUUUUUCAUCUGCCAAGUUUACAGAUGAUCAGGAAUAUCUGAUGGGAUAUUUGUGGAUUAAUUCAUCUUUUAACAAAACGGAUAGCUCAUGCAGUGCUAAUGAGGCGCUCCAAAAUGAAACUGGCGACAUGACCAUUCCUUCUUUUGAAAUGGGAGGAUACCCUUACCAGUUGCUGGUACAACAAAACAGUGAUAUCUGGGGAUGGCAAGAUAGAGAUGAAGGAUAUGAGUCGGCCAAGGUUUCUGAACUAAAUCCUAAUGCAAAAGUAUGGGGGAAUCAUAUGUUACAUGUGGAAGCAAGCGGGGCUAAUGAUGGUGGCGUGAGCAAAACCUGGGAAGAAAUAGCAGAUCACCCACCAGAUUCCUGCAAAGAAGCUUUUUCUGCAGGGUUGGAGGCCAAUGGUGAUGGUGACAAAAAGCACCAGAAUGAAUCGUUAACAGAACUGCAAGAACCAUCACUGACAGCUCCUCUGUCCGACCAGACAGAUAUGAACCCUUUGGCUCUAGAUCAUUCAGAGUAUGAAUCUAUACACGAAAACACUCAGACAGGAGGUAAAGAACAGCUGCAGUCAGAAGGUCAAGAAGACUUGCGAGAAGUACUGAAAAAAACACUGGAGUUCUGUUUAUCUAGGGAGAAUCUUGCCAGUGACAUGUACCUUAUAUCUCAGAUGGACAGUGAUCAGUAUGUGCCAAUAAUGACAGUAGCAAACCUUGAUCACGUCAAGAAGCUGAGUACUGAUAUGGAUUUGAUUGUUGAAGUGCUGCGAUCAUUGCCUUUAGUCCAAGUGGACGAGAAGGGUGAAAAAGUCAGGCCAAACCAGAAUCGCUGCAUUGUGAUUUUACGUGAAGUACCUGAAUCUACUCCAAUUGAAGAGGUCGAAGCGCUCUUCAAGGGAGAUAACUUGCCUAGGUUCAUCAACUGUGAGUUUGCCUAUAAUGACAACUGGUUUAUUACAUUUGAGUCUGAAGCAGAUGCACAGCAGGCUUAUAGAUACCUUAGAGAAGAAGUGAAAACCUUCCAAGGAAAACCAAUUAAGGCAAGAAUAAAAGCAAAGGCUAUAGCUAUAAAUACAUUUUUGCCAAAGAAUGGAUACAGACCUCUGGACAUGAACAUCUACACACAGCAGCGUUAUACAACAUCAUUUUACAUACCUCCAGUAUACAGCCCCCAACAGCAGUUUCCACUGUACAGCUUAAUUGCCCCACAGACGUGGUCAACAACACAUAGCUAUCUUGAUCCAUCACUGGUGACACCGUUUCCAAAUACUGGAUUCAUCAAUGGUUUCACAUCUCCUACUUUCAAGCCUACUACUUCUCCACUGACUUCACUCAGGCAGUAUACUCCCAGAAGCAGAAAUCCCAGCAAAUCACAUCUACGGCAUACAAUACCCAGUGCGGACAGAGGGCCGGGACUUUUAGAGAGCCCUACAAUAUUCAAUUUUUCUGCUGACCGCUUAAUCAAUGGUGUCAGGAGCCCGCAAACAAGGCAACCAGGGCAAAACAGGACACGGAUGCAAAGUACGACAAGUUAUACCAAGCGUGAAGUGGGCAGUGGGCGAGUAGAGCCGGCUGCUUUAGACUCAUCCCCAAGCUUAGGUAGAGGAAGGAAAAACUCGUAUGGCUAUCGAAAGAAGAGAGAAGACAAGUUCACGAGAGGACAAACGCAGUCUCCACCACCACCAAAGCCUCCAUCCCCAAGUUUUGAAUUGGGACUGUCCAGUUUCCCUCCAUUGCCUGGAGCUGCUGGGAAUCUAAAGACUGAAGACUUGUUUGAAAACAGGCUAUCAAAUGUGAUAGUAGGAGGAACAUCAAAAGAAAGAAACCUCAGCGCGACUACUAGUACAAACACUAUUCCAUCAGGAGUUCCUCGAGAGCCUUUGUUGCCAGUUUCUUCUCCUGUACCCGGGACGUUUGAAAGGUCUCCUUCCCCAUCCCAGCCUCCUGAUGACCCCAAAGUCAUGGACAAGCAGCAGAGAGAGACUCCAAAUACUGAAAGACUUUCUUCGGUACUCACUACCGCUUGCAAAUCAGUACAAGUCAAUGGGGCUGCUGUAGCAGAGUUGCGAAAACCUAGUUACGCAGAGAUCUGUCAGAGGACAACCAAGGACCCAUCACCCGUGCAGCCCCCAAAAGAACAGAAGCCAAACACUGUCACCUGUGGGAAAGAUGAAAGGAAACCCACGGAAACACUAGAGAGAAGCAAAGAACCCCCUCCUGUGAAGUCCAAUCCAGGACAGCCCAAAGACCAGAGGAGACAGCCGUCAGGGCGCAAGUCACCACCUCCCGCCCUUGGGAAACGUCUGACGAAAGAACAGAGCACCCCUCCCAAAUCUCCUCAGUGAAACUAGUGCUUAGGAGGAGGUUUUAAAAGUUCUCACCAUGAAGUAAACCCAUGUUGCCACUCAGAGUACAAAGAAUGAGUUGCUGGUUAGGAGCUUGCAGAGCGUAUUAUGUAUAUGAAAUGCCUGCAAGGUAAUUAUUUUUUUUGUUUCUUUGUAAAUCAGAUUGUUCCUCCAAUUCUCUUGCUCCCCCCCCCCACCAAAUUCCCCUUGAGCAAACGGUCUACUCUGUCAGGGUUUAAUUAAUCUAAACCUUACAUUUAGGUUGGUGCUGAACUGGAGGUGGUGCCUAAAAUCCUUUUCUUUUCCCUAAAGGGAAGACGUAUUCAUCCGGGGGGGGGGGGGAUCAAUUUUUUUUAUUAAGCCUCCAUGUGGCUGUGUGAAUACAAGCUCUAUCUAAUGAGUUAUUUUCCUAAUCUAUUAAGCAGAAUAAUGCUGCUGUAGUUUUUAAAUAACUGGUCUGUAAGUAAGUACAUAUCUUUAAAAAAAACUAAAAAAAACUCCAGAAGACUAGUAACAGCAGCUAAUAUUUUGAGUGCAAAGAAAAACAGGUGUUUUAUAAGCAGUAAGACAAGUUUGAUGUUCGGUUGUUUUUUUUUCUUUUUUAAAAUUUUGGCUGCUGUAGCACAUCAAAUAAAUUUCACUUUUAAGGUUUCAAAAUACAUGCAAUUCUAAUGUUUUAAAUUUCAACCAUUUCCCCCCCCCCCCUUGACUAAAUGUGAACCUGAUAGAGAUCACCUUCUCUAAAACAUUUUGUGUUGAUGGACUUGCAAGCAAGUAACCAGCUUCUCAAUCCAGAAUAAAAUGGUUUCUUGAAUUUCAGGAAAGGAGAAAACAAAGCACAUUGUGAAUAAACAACAACAACAAUAAUAAAGUACAUAAGCCCUUGCAAAAUGGCAGGUGCCAGCUAAUGGCAGUUUUUCACAAGAUAGCACAAUAGCACUCUUGUGAGGAUGAUCUCAAUUCCCCCCCCCCCCCAAAGCCGGAGUAAAUUAAUUUUGAGUCACUACUGUCCUUACCGGUUUACCCCUGUGCUCUGUGUAGGUUUUUAAAACUAUGCUCAAAGUGCUCUUUGAAAGAGUUCAUAUCUUAAUCGGCCUAAGUGCUGACACCUUUCUGUACCUGCAUACAUUGGCAUAUGGAUUUAAUUUUUCUUUUUCAGUCCAUGGGAUAAUGGAGUUCUCUCUUUUUUUGCGUGUGCAUGUAUGGUAAAGGAAGAGAUCCCUGUUUCUGUCUGGAGUGAGCUUUGUCACACUUACUUACUUUUAGAAGUGGCAUGCUUUCUGAAGGACAAGGAUGCACUAAAUUAAUAAGUUUCUAAUAAAGUUGACUAUAAAUUAUUUUUGCUUUUAAAUGCCUAAAGUUUUUCUUUGAGUGUUUAAGCAGCAGGUGGUUCGGAUGAAAAUGUUUUCCUGCUGAAUAGUUUAUUCCACACAAAGAAGGAGGUUUAUUUAAACAACUGAUUUUUUUAAAAAGAAUUAUUUCCAUCCAAUAUUUAAAGACUUGAAUUUUAUUUAAACUUGAAAAUGACUUUGCCUUAACUUUUGUAUAAGACAGCUUAUAGUUACUGAAGUCUGACCCUCUCGUGGGUUAGUGUGGGUGGCAUAUACAGAAUUACUCAGUUACAGUAUCUCUGUAUUGUCACUGGUCUUACUGGGUAAACACACUGUAGUACAGGAAGUAGCGGCAGUUUUUUUGUAAUAUACCUUAAAAGAUCUUAAGCAGUUGAUCUUUUUCAAAAUGUUGAAAAUCUGUAAAUGGAAAUAGUCAAUACUGUAUUAAAUAUGUGCACUUGGAAGUGUGUGCUUUUGCUUGUACAGGUGUAAAUAAUCAGAACAUAUAAAAAGGUACCAUUAAAAAACUGAUAAAAAUUAUUGAUAUAUUAUAAAUGUUGCUGUUGAGCUGGAUGUAGAUAAACUAAAUGUUGUGGUUUGAAUAUUACUUUAAUUUGUUUUUUUUCCUUGUUUCUUUUACUUUAUUCUGGUGUGCUGAGCUGAUUCUGCCUCUUCACUGCAAAAGGGAAUUGGAGAAAGUCUGUCUUAAAAGCCCUGAUAUUUAAAGAAAAAAAAAACUCUCUGGAAGUGUGUAUUUUGACCCGUAUGAAACGUGUGUAUGCAAUGUAAUUUUCAACUCUGUCUUAUAAGCUGCAGUUAUUUUUUAAAAAAAAAAAAAGAACCAGAAUUGGAAAGAAAUGACAUUGCCACAAAUACCCCAACGUUUACUCAACCACUCUUAAGGCCAAAAUAUUAGCAAGUACAUAUCUUGGGAUUUGUUUCCUCGCAAAACACAUAGGGCAGUUGAAUUCUUGACAUAGGUUGCUGCUAUUUUAAUUGUCCUCUUAAAAGAAUAAUAAAAAAACAGCCUGCUUUUUGCACUGCAGAAUUUAAAAUAAGCAAGCUGGGAUCUGUUUGUUCCUUCCCGAAAAGGCACACUUUGAGAAUUCAAAAUCAACAAACUGGGACAUUUGUUGGGUUUUAAUGCUUAUCCCUGACCCAAUGAGCAGUGGGGAAACGGCAGCUAGAUUGGGGUAUGGUUUAGGCCAAUGAUAAGAUUCCUUUGUUUGCCUGAAAGCAUGAAGGAAACAGCUGCAGACGAAGUGGGGAAGUGGCUGCAGUGGAUGUGUACAGCUAAUCAUUACAGCCAACUGAAUAUAUGCAGACCAGCAGGUGGAUUGUUAUGUUCUCAUGCAUUCGGCUGCCACUUGUACUAGGAUAAUACACUGUAAUUCUCACACAAAUAACAGUCUGUGUAAAAGAUUUUAAAACUUUACUGAGAUAGCUUUAUAAACAAAUAAAUAAAUAAAAAGCAAAAAGUGUCAUGCCAAAUAACUUCUCCAAUCACUUUAGUACUUUCCUAGUCGGUCUGUAUGAGGCUGCUGGAACAGAAGUUCAUAUCCCACGGAGUGUUUUGCAUACAGCUAUUUAGUUCUGCUAUUAUUAUUUUUAUUGAAAUUUUAAAACCUCCCCUGAAAGCUGAAGUUCUGGUUAUAGAAUGAUCAGGCCCCGUCACAGUUGGGCUCCUUCCCUACCCAACCACCAAUCCCAAUUUGUAGGGUUGCUUUGGUGCUCGUGUAUAAAGACAGCUUUUCCCGAGGCUGUUUGUUCAAGAAAUGUAUUUAAAGCUAGAAAAUUUUGCUUCUGGAGGGGGGGAAAAAGAGUCCAAUAAUUUUCCAUCCAGCUGCCCCAACUCAAUUUUACAUACUGUCACACACAAAAAACAAACUUGUCAGGCUCAUUUAUUUUAUUUUUUGCUUUUUAUUUUUUUAUUUUUGCUGCCUCUUAGCUAAACACACAUAACCAGUGGGCAACGGGAUGCCCUUACUUGUGAAUGUGAUGCAGUGUAUCAUGAACAACCACUGACUAGGGGUCUGCGCCAGCCUCUGUAUCUCUUUCAGCUUGCUGCAGCCCUUAUGUAUUGUGUAGCCUGUUACACUGGGAGCAGCAGACAAUCGAAGACACACCUGGCAAGGGCAGCAGCUACUAAGUCACAAAACGAGGUGUAACAUGGAGGCCUUUUUUUCCCCCCUGAGGGUGUUUGUUUUUGUUCUUCUUCCAUUUAAGACUGGAAUCAAGCUUACAUGUAAACUAUUGGUAAUUUAAGUUUCCUUUUGUGUCAUAAAAUGUACAACUGUCUAAAACUGUAGGUUAUGAAAAAAAUAAAGAUUUAGGCACUGUUGAAUUUCUCUUUUUUUAAAUUAAACUUCUUACAACAGUA